GUCAGCUCUGCAUGGAGACGUGCCGCACAAUGUGAAGGGAACGCCAGCAAUGCCUGACAGGAAUUCAUGAAACCUUUUUCCGCCAGUCUUCGUGGUUAAACCAGGUGUGGAAGACUGAUAACCGCAAUGGAUCAAGGUCAACCGCUCCUCUGCCCUUUGCUUCAGAAGAUGACAGUCCAUGGACUCAACAACAACACCAAGGUUAACUUGGUGGUGGUUGGUGUCCACGGUCUGGUCUCCUUGAUUGGGAUUUUGGAAAACGCUCUGAUCAUCUGGGUGGUGGGAUUCCGCCUCAGACAUCGCACGGUGGCGUCCGUGUGGGUGCUCAACCUGGCUCUGUCAGACUUCCUGGCCACGCUGACACUUCCCCUCUUCACCGUCUACCUUCAUUCCUCCCAUAGCUGGGAGCUCGGCAACCCUCUCUGCAAAGUCCAAGCCUCCAUCUUUUUUUUCAACAUGUUCGUUUCGGCCUUUCUGCUGGCAGCUAUUUCCCUGGACCGCUUACUUCUUGUGGUCAAGCCAGUGUGGAGCCAGAACCACCGGUCUGUGGCUGGAGCGUGGAAGGUGUGCGCGCUGGGUUGGCUGUGGGGAGCAAUAAACUCAGCACCUUACUUUGUGUUUCGUGGAGUGGUUGAAAAGAUGGACGGAAGGAAGUUAUGUUAUUACAACUUUGCCCUGUAUUUAUCCUCCAAUGGAACUCUGCAAAGAGACUGCAAUGUGAGACAUGAUGUAACAGCUAUUUCCAAAUUGCUGUUGGCGUUCCUGUUCCCCCUGAUGGUCAUCGCAGGGAGUUACAUUAAAAUUGGACUCUCCCUAAAGGAAAGGAGCAGGAGGAGAAAGCAGAGCACCAUCUUUCAAUCUGAGGAACAGAUCCCCUUGAGCAUCAGUGAAACAUCAGAACGGAAAAUCAGCAACGCGAGUACUAAAACAAACAGUAUGCUGCUCGGACCAAUUUCUCUGAAGCCGAGAAUGAACAGUCUGUCCCCCUCCACCCUCAGUCCUAGUGGUCAGAACAAGCUCUCCCAGGGUUUCAGAAAAAUGGUGACAGCAGUGGUUUCAGCGUUCGCACUCUGCUGGGCUCCUUAUCAUAUCUUCUGCAUGAUUGAACUCAUGGCCCAGGAUAAUGAAGACACUCUUAAACUGGUGGAGACAUGGCUCCCCCUGGCUGCCACAUUUGCAUUUCUAAAUCCAGUACUAAACCCCGUCCUGUAUGCCUUCAGCUGCCCAAACUUUUUCGUGAGAAUUCGACAAAGUCUGGGUGCAGUGUUCGAUGGACUGGUGGAAGAGAGGGGGGGGUUUCUAACGUCUCCAGCGAGGAGCAUCAGAGCUCAUAUGAGGCGGAGGAGCAGUCGGGAUGUCACAGUCACAGCACCGGCCUCUCCGUCACUUAGACGAUUAUCUAACACUUAGAAGACGACAAACCCAAAUAGCCAUCUAUUUCUUGUUUUAAUUUGUUUCUUGUAAACUCUAAAUUCAAAACUACAAGCUGUGGCCAGAAUAAAGAAGGACGUCAACUAAACCAGUUUGUCAAAAAAAACCUUAAAAAUGUUGCCAACUAUUUCAUCCAGCUGUGAAUUCAGAAGCUUUAAUCAAAAUGUACUUUUUAAGCUGAAUGCAAUGCACUGAAUAUGUUGAAAUGUAGCAUUUGUUGAUUUUCAUGAGUAUCUGUAAAUAAAUCCCGGUAAAGAAUUGAGCUGUCUAUGACUUCUCAAGAUAGGAAGUGUGUCUUGUAGUUCUCUUGAGGCAACAUGCCCAUAGAAAAAAUGUGCAUGAACAUUUUUGGCUUACGAUCUCACCAGGUUGUCUACAUUCUAAACAUUUCCAGAGUGGCCUGUACAGAUUUGCAAAUCUUUUACCGGUAGACAGCUUGUAUUCACCCCGUAGGUGCAGUUGAAACUAAGCCUUAAAGGGUAACCAAACAGGCAACUUGGAGGCUGACUCCAGUCACAGCCGAAAUGUGAAAAUCCAGUCAGAGGGGUGGGACUGGGGAACAGGAUUAUUACCAUUACUGGAGCUGUGGAUCAUAACUGGGAUUUAAGUGGUUUAACCAAUUAUGAAAUUCCGCUGUAAUACCUCAAUUCAACCUGUAGGGAGCAGCACACACACAGUUUUGACUAUGUUUUUAAGAAUUAAACAACUUUAUUACAAUUCAUCACAAAUUUGGCAACAACCAACAGACAGCACUUUUAAAGCCCAAUUUAUAAAAGUCCACAGCCUAAAAAAAGUAGAUUUAGGGUUUGGUUACUCUUUAAGGUGGGCAUCACCAGCAUGCUGAUGUGAGGGAAUCAGAUCUUCAUUCAUGUGUGUCUGCUCUUUUGCUUUCUAUCUCUGUACACUCUGCAGUCAGAGAACUAUCAGGGUGAUUUUCCCAGAACUCUGGGAUAAGAU